AUGAACAACAAAAGCGCUAUCGUUGUCUUGUUGAUGGCUCUUAUGAUAAUCACAACAGUCACGGCCGUUCCUGCGUACCAAAAAAGAGCUUGCGCUGAUUUUGUAAUCACUAACCCAAGAGAAGGCGAAAAAUUCGAUAAUAAUUCCCAACAAACGGUUACUGUCGAUGCCAAAAACUCAGGCAUCUCCGACAUUUUAGAAGUCGAUCUUUUCCGAGGGAAUGGAACGUAUUAUAGCACGCUGUGGGUUGGAGACAAGAAAGUAGGCGGUGACCCAGUCUCAAUAUCGUUUACCUUGGAAGUAAAUCCGCAACUUAUUCCCGGAAUAUUUUUCUAUCGAGUAUGGGCACAAGAAGCAACGGGGUCGAAUUGCUUUCAACUCAGCCAUAACUUCACUAUUGAAAAGUAA